GGAACUGCUUAUGUAACUGGGACAGCAGAUUUAGCAGGAGAGGAGGCAGAGGCUGGGGAUGGGAGCAGUGAGCUGUCGGCAGGGGCAACAUGUCCAGAUGGCUGCUCCUCGUAAGCAGGGUGGCAACAACCGGGGCCCCUGGGUCCGAGGCUGGAGGAGCCUCUGGUCAGGCAUGGGGACAACCAGAUCAGGUCUGGAUGAGCUGUGGGGACUUCGGGGACAUCAGUGCCUGCACCAGGAAUCUCUGGAGCCAGCCCCACUGCUAGUAGAGAAGCCUCUGCCUGAAUGGCCAGUGCCUCAGUUCAUCAACCUCUUUCUGCCGGAGUUUCCCAUUAGGCCCCUUAGGGGGCAUCAGCAACUGAAGAUUUUAGGCCUUGUGGCUAAAGGCUCCUUUGGAACUGUCCUCAAGGUGCUAGACUGUGGCCAGAAAGCAGUAUUUGCAGUGAAGGUGGUGCCCAAGGUAAAGGUCCUACAGAGGGACAUCCUGAGGCAGUGUAAAGAGGAGGUUAGCAUCCAGCGAAAGAUCAACCAUCCUUUCAUACACAGUUUGGGGGACAGCUGGCAGGGAAAACGGCACCUCUUCAUUAUGUGCAGCUACUGCAGCACAGACCUGCACUCCCUGUGGUCCACUGUUGGCUGCUUUGCUGAGGCUUCCAUCCGCCUCUUUGCUGCUGAGCUGGUCCUGGUGCUGUGUUAUCUCCAUGACUUGGGCAUCAUCCAUCGAGAUGUGAAGAUGGAGAAUAUCCUUCUGGAUGAGCGAGGCCAUCUGAAAUUGACAGACUUCGGUCUGUCCCGCCACCUGCCCCAGGGAGCCCGAGCGUAUACUAUCUGUGGCACUCUUCAGUACAUGGCCCCAGAGGUCCUGAGUGGAGGGCCUUAUAACCAUGCUGCUGAUUGGUGGUCCCUGGGUAUCUUGCUUUUCUCUCUGGCAACUGGAAAGUUCCCAGUGCCCGCAGAGAGAGAUCAUGUGGCCAUGUUGGCAAGUGUGACCCACUAUGACUCUGAGAUCCCAGCUUCUCUUAACCAGGGGCUUUCACUCCUGCUCCAUGAGCUCUUAUGCCAGAAUCCCCUCCACCGUCUACGUUAUUUGCAUCACUUCCAGGUCCACCCUUUCUUUCGGGGUGUGGCCUUUGACCCAGAGCUCCUACAGAAGCAUCCAGUGAACUUUGUCAUGGAAACACAAGCUACCCAGCCCAGUCCAUCAUCGGAGUCUAUGUUCUUCAAGGACUUUGACUGUAACCUGGAGUCCUACCUGGUCCACCUCAGCCUUGCUUGAGCUCCUCUACUGUAGAUGGGGGCCAUCUAGGAACCUGAGGACCUCUUCCAGUGUCAACUCAGUAUGACCACCUAGAUAAUCCAGUUUGUUUUUACUUUGUAGCCUCUUAUCAUUCUGUUAAUGUAGGUGCUGGACCAGAGUUCAGAUCUUGGGCAUUCUGCUAUUGGCAGCUAUGGUGUCCUAGUCCUUACCCCAUCAUACAGCCCAUCUCUCAAUUUAACAUCUCAGAUCACAAUGUUGACCUUUUCCAUUGUUUCAUUUCUCCAGUGCUUAUACCCUGAAGCUUUUAGCCAGAAGCUUAUUCCACUUUUCCCUCUCCUUGUUUCUCUGCCAUGUUUCCUUUUGUGAGCAAAAAUAACACUUCAUGGGUUCCCAAGGUGCUAUUUAUGUGUUGAAUAGUCCUGUCAGAAGCAGUAUGAAUGUUUUUCAGAGGUCUCAAAAGCUAGCAUUUCGAUCCCUAAAUAUGCAGGUAAAACAUAUGAUCUAGGGGCUCAAAGGCAGUCUAAUUUUUAAAAAUUUAAAAAGUAAGUCUGAUAGCCUACUGUGAGGAAGAGAAUAAGAAAUGAAACAUGGGUGGGUUAAAUGUCCCCUCUAGGGGUAAUUAACAUAGCUAUCCACUUUUUCCCCAAAACAAAACCUCUUUGAAAGACAUAAGGAUUCUUUUUUAAAAGAUUUAUUUAUUUUAUUAAUUUUGGGUGGGGGGAGGAGGUAGUUAGGUUAUUUUGUUUUGUUUUGUUUAUUUAUUUAUUUAUUUAUUUAUUUAUUUAUUUAUUUAUUUAUUUAUUUAUUUAUUUAUUUAUUUUUCAAUCCCCAGGAGGGAUUGAACCUAGGACCUUGUGCAUGCUAAGCAUGUGCUCUACCACUUGAACUAUACCCUCCCCUCUGAGAUAAGGAUUCUUAAACUGAUCAUUUUCCUAGAUGGCCCAGGAUUCAGUUUGUGAUGGGCAAGCCAAGGGGGUUAUGACAUCAACCUUGAGAUUUAAGGUUAAAGAUGUAACUCAGGAAUCUUUUCCUUUAGUAAGGGAAAUUAUCUUGACCUUAAAUUUGUAUAUAUUUCUGGCCUUUAUGACUUCUUUUCAUUUUUCUUAAACUAACUUCUGAAAAGCUUCAUUUUCAUUAUUUUUUAGUUAUAUCUGAUCUCUCUUUCCAGACCAAAGAGUCUGGGAAGUACUCUGUGUAGUAUUUAUAGUCAUUUUGUCGCUGGAUUAAGCCAGAUUUUUCCCUGUACAUAGCUGGCAUUUUAUUGGCCUCUGCAGAACUGCUUUUUCUGGAUUGCACUUUGGCAAUCCAUAUGAAAAUCCCUAUGAAAUUUAAUUGUUGUAGAUACCGUAAAGGGUUGUUUAUCAUUAUAAUUCAUAACUCAUAAUGUUCUAUUUAGGAUAGUUGGGAGAAUUUCCUUUGAACUCAGUUAUGCUUUUCCUGAAUUGCUGUUUGAUUUUUAUCUUCAAGACACUAUAUAUUCAACUGACUCUAUUUUUCUUUCCAUACUGAUGCUAGACCACUUAGAGCCCAGUUUGUGGCCCACCUUCAGAAAGUGUUGAGGACCUCAUGUUAUGUGUUUUGUAUGCCAGCCACGUUCUUGGUUCCAUCUUCCUUUUCUACGUUUACUUUCCUCAUUCUCAUUUUUCUGUUUUAAUCUUUUUUUAAAAAAUUUUAUUAGAUUAUCUGCAUCUUUGUAAGCCUUUUAGAAUGAGGUUAGGGUAUAAAUAAAUAAAAGAAUGUAUCCUUAA